CUCUCUCUGCGCCAGAUGAUCCCCGGAGCUGCGCGGCGUGGCGCUGUGGAGCCCUCUCCGUCUCCGUCUCUGUCUCAGCGCAGGUUGAUGAAAGUGUUUUGGACUCCUUCUGAAGAUCUGGCCAUCUGAAAAGACCGCACAAAAUGGACAUGUUGAUACUGUUGGUUACAGUCUUCUGUGCGCUCUGGGGUCCCUCCGCUACUUUAGAUAAGAAAGAAGUUUGUUAUGGCCAGGACCUUGCAUUUCCCGAGCACAUUCAACGAAAUAUUCAACAAGGGCCGCUGUAUUUUACUCCAAGCAAUGGAGGCAAGAGGAAAAUACUGAUGGAAAAUGGGAAGGUGAACCACCUGUUGCUGUUCUGGUGUAGGCUGGGAAUAAUUGUGCAUGCAGAUGGCAAAGGACCCACGGCUGAAAGUUGGCAAGUUUACCACCAGCCUUACAUUGUUAACCAAAAAGGAUGAAGGAGUUUAUGCACUGACAAAUGGCAGUACAAUUAUUGAUGAGUUGCAAUUGAAAAUAAAAGAUUGUGCUGAAGAGAUCAUCAAGGAUUACAUGGAUGAAUGGUCUUAUCGGUUACCUGUCCUGAUUCACUAUGUGGAAUAUACUUCACCUCACAAUGAAGAUGAGACAUUAGUUCUGUGGAAUUCAACCAAUCCUCAGAGUGAGCAAAGAAAAGGAGUCGUCAAGAACUAUUUCUGGACAAUCUCUGGUGUCACUCAGGCAGACAACGGCUACUACAACUUCAGAAAAAAAGAAGGCACUCUUCGUUCAAGGAUACUUCUCACUGUAAAAGAGAAAACUCGUUACUAUGAUUCAAAAGGGAACGAGGAUCUUCUUAUUAUGACUCCAUGGACUAGAAGACCCUGGACCGUGACGUUUAAAGAUGUAGAAACCAAACACGUAACAAUAAUAGAAAAUGGCAAUUUGGUCUGGGAUGUUAACAGGUUCUCUGGGAGAAUUAGCAUUCAAAGUAAUGGCAUUAAAAUAAAAUCUGUAAAAGCUAUGGAUUCUGGUACUUAUGAGUUCAGAGACCCACAAGGCAACCUGGCGUUUUCUGCCCAUGUGUCCGUCGAUGACCGUGUCUCGCAUCCCCAGGUCACAUAUGUUGUUGUUGCUGUCGUUGCUGUCGUUUUGGGGCUGUGUUGCUGUUUCUGUUGCAAAAGGAAAUGUUGCUGUAAAAAGAACAAAUCUGCAGAUACAGCAACAUCUGCUGUUACUUAUCAUGACAAGUCUGAUUCAGCUGCUUCAUCACCUGCCGUGUAUUAUCAUGGUACAAGUCAGCCAACAGGACCAAGUUACCCAAUUCAAACAUCCUCAAUUUACACUCCUCAUCCAGCAAACCCUCCAGCCUACACAGGAACUGUAGCUGUUUCCAUUGAACAACCGCCUUCGCAGCCUAACACCGCUGUGUACCCUCCACAACCUGCCAGUGUCUAUCCUCCACAACCUGCCAGUGUCUAUCCUCCACAACCUGCCAGUGUCUAUCCUCCACAACCUGCCAGUGUCUAUCCUCCACAACCUGCCAGUGCAAACCCGCCACAGCCUGAACCUAGUCUAUAUCCUCCCCUUUCUGAGUUUGGACCUCCAGCGUCUCAGGGAUCUGCAGCAACUCCUACGUUCAGCUCAGACAUGUUCUCCCCUGAUGCUGAGCCGAGAUUUCAGCUAAAAGGAUUGGCUUUUCCCUCAGCUCCCCCUCUCAGUUCAGAUGUACCGAUCUGUGAUGUCUACAACUCAGAUAAGCUGAGCUUUUUGUAAACACCCUUCUGAACACUGUGUUGAUGGAACUGUUUCAGCCUUUACUGGACGUUCAUGCUUUGUUUCUCCAGAGGCCUUCUACAAAUCCAGGGACCACACUGCCUAGAAUAAAAAGACAUAAACCACACAUAAUCAGGUAUAGGCAGGGGCGGACUAAGGCAAUAAUCCACACCAGGAAUUUGGUACAAUUGCAGCCCACCACCAAGACUGAGUUAAAUUUAAUCAAGAAUAAGACAAACCAUUAUUGGUCUAGACUAGAAGUGGAGUUUACAUUGAAGCAAAUAAAAAUAUUUCAUAUACAUUUUAGAAAGAUGUCAUAUGGAAUAAUCCUCAUAUAUAGAGCUAACAAAGUUUAAGAUGGGUUAAGGAGCUACAUUGUGUCAAGUAGUUAAAUAAAAUUUAGCAGAGAAAGACAGCAGCUAACAAACAAUGGGAACAUUUUUCAAAAUUUAGUAGUGCAACCAUCUAACCUCUACAGUUUUAAGAUUGCAUGUUACAGCUGCAACAGAUGGUGCCACCAAGACUGCAUCAAGAACCCACCAAGGUGUUGUGCUUUCUUUCUGUAUGUUGUUACGUGAUGAAUGUGUGAGAUCACAUAAUCCGCUUAAACAGGAUGGGGUAGGUAAAUAUCGGCACCAUCCAUUUCUCUCUUGUCAGAAAAUGCAUGUCAUGCAAUCUCACAGCACGGUGUGCAUUCUGAGGUCACCCACAGAAUGCACCAGAUUCUGCUUACACGUCGUUAUUUUACAUGACAUAAAACAUAUUUUGCAGAAUAACAUGGGUCUGCAGGUAUGACUGCCAUACCUGUGACAUCUUUUUUAGGGUUAAAGGAGAUGGGACUCUAUAAGUCAAUUUAGAGUUUUUGAAGUGGGUUGCAUACACAAACACAACCAGGGUGGUGUUAUUUUUUGUUCCCUAUUGAGAAUUAAUUUAAUGUAAAAGGAAAAAAAGGCAACCAGAAAAUAUUUUGGUGCACCCGAUGGACAGUCCGCCCCUGUAGCAUGCACUGACGCCAGAUUCUGUUUACAUGUCGUUAUUUUAGUAGAGAUCUCAUCAGGCCAAGUCCAAAGAAGUUUUUAAAAAUGUAAUUAACUUCAUAUCAUUUGUGAACUGUUUCAAGUGCAAAUCCGAUUCACUGCGAACACAAUGAUUCACUACAAUUAGGGUAGCCAGUAGACGCAGCAUCAUAAUCAGUUUGUGUGCUGGAAAAAUGCAAUCAGAGAAAAUGUCAAACGUGGAGCUUUUUACGUUAGAUUAGAAAAGGUCUGCUAGCACUGGGUAUCAUCAAGAACAGGACUCUCAGAGAAAAAAGGUUGUAAAUCACUAAGAUAAUUGAUGCAUGAGCUAUAAAAUAGUUUAGGUAUUUAUAUAUAUUUAUUUAUAUAUAUUUAUAUAUAUAUAUGCACUGAUUAGUAAAAUGGCAUUGCAUUGAAUUUUUACUUUUAAAUUGUGUUUUCUCAGGUAAAAAAAACAUUAUAUUUAAACUGCCAUAUUAACAGCUAUAUACCCGUAAAUGUAUCUCAAAGUAUAUUUAAAAGAAAUCAUUAUAUCAGAAAUGCCUCCAAAGAAGGGUAGAUGUAGAUUUUUUACCCUUGUUACAGUUUUUCUAUUUGUUUUUUGCUGCAAACACUACUUUCUCUGAGCCUUUUUGAUGUUAGGAUUAAUUGAUGCUGUUUCUUUUUUUUUUUUUUUUUUUUUUUACCAUACUCUGUUUUUUUGUACAGCAUUGGUAUGUAAUUUGUGUCUGUACAUUAUUGUUCUUUGAAACUUGUUGCUACAUUAAAGGACUUAAUUUUCACUUUCAAUAAAGUGAAAAUCCCCAUUAAGGAUUUUAGAGUUUGUGUGAAUAUAGAAAUGUAUCUACUUAUAAAAUUAUUGUAAAAUUAAUGAGUGGUUCAACUGAAAAACUUAAGUGAUGCAAUUGUUGCCUUAAAAAAAACAAGUAUUGAAACUUAUGAAAGAAAGUUACAAAAGUUGCCCAAUUGACAACUAUUUAUAAUUUAAACUUGAUAUUAUGAGAUGAAAUGACUUGUUAUUGAACAUUAAUAAAAAAAAAACCCUGAUUACUCUCUUGAA